AUGUCCUCCUGUCACCAAAUUACCGCACAUCCUGUGAACUUCAAGCUCGAAGCGAUUGACUACUGCCCGGAGCCCCAUCGAAAAACAAUUAAGAGCCUUACGCGUACAAAAGCGACCUCUGACUCUAGAUGUCUGCACGAUUUUAUCGUGGAAAAUUGCCACAAAUACCCAACAAAGCUUACAGUUCGCUCAUUUGAUGGCGACUUGACUUAUCAGGACUUGGAUAAGUUGUCACUCCGACUGGCGCUUCACCUCAAUCGAUUAGGCGUACAGCCCGAGACUUUUGUUCUGAGUAGCUUUCAGAAGUCAACGUGGGCAAUUGUAGCGCGAUUGGCCAUUUUGCGCGCAGGAGGAGCCUACAUUUCGAUUCACUCCAGCAAUCCACCAGCCUAUCUCAAUUCAGUAAUAAAGCGCACCGGUGCCAAUAUCAUGCUGAGUGACCUUGGGUUUGCAGAACAGUUUCGCAAUACAAUUGAAACGGUCAUUGCGGUCUCCCCUGAAUUGCUAUGGGCGCUCCCAUUGGGACCGCAGAGCAUCGGCAAGCCAAAGGUCAUUUUGCAAGAGCACCGGUCCUACGCCUCUGCUAUCAGAGACUACGCGCACAACCUCGGUUGGAAUUGGAUUGUCGACCCAAAAUGCCCAGCGAAGCUGAUGCCAAUUGGCGCCGUCGGGGAGAUUGUGAUUGAGGGGCCUCAUCUUUCAAGGGGCUAUCUUGACCAGGAUCAUCAAGGAUCAGACCGCACUAAGCCAGCUGGCUUUCUUGCGGAAAUACCCUGCUGGUUGGAGGAACUUCAUCCAGAUCGACAGUCUACCCGCUUGUACCAGUCAGGAGACCUGGCACGAUGGACCCCUGAGCGACGGAUUGAGUACAUUGGACAGAAAGACACAAUUGUAAAGCUGAAUGGGUGUCGAAUUGAUGUCAUUGAGGUCGAGAACCUUGCAAGAAGAUCUCUCACAUCUAAAGACGCCAUUGUGGUAGGUCUUCUUGGUGUCCUUGAUGGCAAAGAAGAUCCAUGUCUUCCUGCAUUCUUGUACCUCAGUGAUCACCCAGAGAACCCCGAAACGGAAGAGCUCUGCCUCGAAGACGCAAGUCAAGAUCGUGCGGCCUGA